GACACUGACUUCACUGUGGGACUUCUGCGCUUUCUGUCAAGGGUUUUGCUGAACAAGGCGGAGGUGGUUGUGCCUCUGUCUGAUGGGCAGGUUCUGCGCGGGGCGUGGUCCCGAGAGAUGUUGCACUCCCCUCCGUUGCUAGCUAAGACCAUUGACUUGAAGAAGGCCUAUAAGCAGAUGGCUGUCAAGCCCUCUGCGUGGCGGCAUGCGGUUCUUGGCUACCCAGACAAAAAGGAUGGCUGGACGUUUGCGGUUUCCCGCAGCCUUCCUUUUGGCGCGACGUCAAGCGUCUAUGCCUUUAACAAGCUGGCCCUGGCUUUGCUACACAUCAUGGUGGUCAAGUUUCAUGCUAUCGCUACCGAUUUUUACGACUACACUGUCUUCGAGUUUCAGCCAGCUGCUUCCCUGUUGGACAAGGUGCUGUGCCGGCUGCUAAAGCUCCUCGGGUGGGUUUUUGCCGAGGAUGGUAAGAAGUUCGUUCCCUUCGGGUCACAGGUGGUGACUUUGGGAGUCGUGCUCCAUCUUGAGGAGAUCUGGAAUGGCCGUAUCACGAUUGCUAACAAGCCGGGGCGCAUCAACAAAAUCUGUACGAUGCUUGCUCCGAUCGCAGAGGGCAAGCCUGCUACGAGGUUUCAGUUGGCGAUGUUUUCCAAGGCCCUCGCUAGGGGGCGCACCGCCGGAGCUGAACUUCGGGCAGCUGCGCUUCUUGCAAUGGAUGUCUUGAAAGGGGCCAGACCAAGGACUUUGCUGGCUCGGCUGACGCCGCCGAUGGUCCUCUACACUGAUGGUGCCUACGGUGUGGCUACUUGGGGUGCCAUCCUCUUGGAUCCCCUUUCUGGAGCCCGAUGGAUGUUUCAUGGUACUGUCUGCCGAACGCUGUGCGACCACUGGAGAACGCAUGCUGGGGAGCAGAUAAUCUGCGAAGUGGAGGCCUUCGCAGUUGCGCUUGUCCUCUACGGCUUGAGAGGAUCGCUGCGUGGACGUUGCAUCAUCACUUUUAUAGAUAAUGAUGCUGCUCGCUUUGGCUUCAUUCGACGCUCGUCUCCAUCGCAGUGCAUGUUUAACAUCAUCUGCCUUGUGACUUUGCUCGAGGCCAUUCUCGAGACUUCGCUUUGGUACGAAAGAGUCCCCUCCAAUUCCAAUCCCUCGGACUUGCCGUCGAGGGGUGCCCUUGCGGAGGCCGUUGAUCGCUUUGCAGUCCUUGACAAGGGCGACGUUGCAAUCUCCGAACAUGUUCUAUCGAUGCUUGUUUCAAAGAGCUAUCUAUGA